AUGAAUGAGCCUGGACCUGCCCAGCGACUGACUGGCGAGGGCGGCAAGGUUGCCAUCUACUUUGGCUCGAUGGCAGGAGGCGAAUUAGGACCAACUGUUGAGUUCGUCCACGUUGAGGCAAUCCUCCUCACGUGCCCUAAGUUCCUUGAGAGAGUCACGAAAUGGGGCAUCAUUUCACUGCCAUACGCUACCGCGGAGGCCAUCGUCUCCAUGAUCCGUUUCUUCUACACUGGAAAAGUCCCAUUUCAUGAGGUUCACAAGUUCACUCACCGCCCGGACGUCGAACAGGCUUAUGAUCUUGCCAUCCACGUCUAUUCGCAGGCAGUCUAUAGUGAAAUCGACGAGAUGAAGAACCAGGCUACUGAGUACAUGGAGAGCCUCUUCCCGUACAUGGAGCCCGCCUACAUGCUGGCCUACAGCCACAGUGUUCUUGAGCCCCUGUACCCCGAGCUCGACUUUGAGUGGGUUGCAGACCAAGUGCGCUUCGCUAGCACUUAUCACAUCGCCGCCAACGACAAACUCAUGGAGAUGGUUGAUGCUGAGCGUGAGGAAGAUAUCAAGCGCUUCAAGGCUUAUGUCGCCCGCCGUGAGGGUGCUUGGGUCAAGAUUAACCGAGAGGGCGAGGAGGAAGAGGCGUCCAUUGAGGAAACCGAGCUCGAGGAAGCACCCAAAGCCGGAAGCGAGACCGACGCUGAAGAUGAAGACUCCGAAGCUGAAGAGAGUGAGGAUGAGGCCGACGCUGGGACAGACGACGAGUCCUAUGACAGCAACGGCAAACUCAAGAUCAUCGGAGCCGAUGGUCUCAUCAACCUCGACCUGGCCAACUACCCGCCCGGUGUUUACCGCUGCGAUGAACAUGAUGAAACGAUGGACAUGUAA